CAUUAAGGAAGUAUGAGAACAUAAACGUAUAAUUAAUAUAAUCAAUGGCGUAUUCUGAAUCAAUCAAAAAGUCUCAGGACAUCCUAGCUUGUGGAUUAUGUGAAACAGAUACAAAAAUAAAAGUGAAAUGUAUGGACUGUGAUCUAUAUAUGUGCCAAAAAUGUACAGAUAAGGUACAUGCCAAGUUCAAGAAUGCUGAUCUCCAUGACAUUGUAGCUUUGAAGGACAUUCAUUCUCAUACUGAUGACACUGAUGCAGAGUCUGACUUUAAGCCAGUUAAAUGUAAAGACCAUAGAAAACAAAUGUGCUGCAUGUACUGCUUAACAUGUGAACUAUUAGUUUGUCCCAUGUGCAUAGCAAAAACUCACCAUUUACAUCAAAUGGAAGAAAUUCAACAGUUUUGUCAAAAGAAAAUUAAAAUAAUGAAAAAACUGCAAAUUUUGACUAACUCUAAAAUAGAAAAAUUUAUAAAAAAAUCAAAUUUAAUGGGAGAAAUUGAGAAAUCAAAGUCAUUUGAAAUAGAGCAAAAUAUAUUAAGAGAGGAAAAACAAGCAAGGGAAGUUCAGUCAAAAUGUUUGAGGUUACUUAAAGAACAUAAAGAAAACACAGAAAGGCAAGCUGAACUUAUAUCAAGGAAAGAAUUGGAAAUUCUAGAAGAUAAAAAAGAUAUCGAAACAGUUAUACAACAAAUAGAAAAUAAAUACAAAUUACAAAAUACAGAAGAGUUUCUUGAGGCUGUAAGAAAUGUGCAUGCAAAAUUGGACUCUAUUGGGAAGUCGACCAGUCCAAAAUCGUUGAAUAUAAAAAUACAGCAAUAUAUUCCUAAUUAUAAAAUUCAAACUGACUCUAAAACAAUUGAAAUGGAAAUUCAAUUUGAAAUAAAAGCAAAAUAUGAACUAGACAUGUCUGAAGUAAGCAGUAUAACAAGUGACGAAGAUGGAAACAUCUGGAUCACAAACGAAAGAAACGAAAUACGAAAACUGCAGGUGAAAGAAAGAAUUAAAACAAUAAAAUCAAUAAAAACUGACCAUGGCGACUCUGAAAUUAGAUGUUUGAAAAAAGACAUUUUCAUCGCAUCUUCAGUUUUUCGACAAAUCUGUCAUUUGGCUGCCGAUGACGCCGUAAAAGUGAUCAAAGAUCUUUCUCCUAAUAAACCGUAUACUCUUCAUGUUACAGACAGUGAAAUCAUUGUGGGAAUGGAUUGUAGCUCUGUGAAAAACCGAACAGACAUACCCAUAAUCAUGAGAUUGGGAUUUGAUGGAAACAUCAUAAAGGUACACACUAAUCGAGAGAAACAAAUACUUACAAGAGAUGUUGUACUAUGCUGUACAACAACCAAUGAAGGUGCUAUCUGCUACAUUGACAGUACUAUUUUAGGAGACUAUAAAGGAGAUGUAGUGUUUAUGAGUAGAGAUGGAAUUAUUCAAUGGAAAUACAUUGGAAACUCCUUUAUUCAUUCAACUGAACAUCCUUUCACCCCUAUUGAAGUGUUAAAAACAAAAUCAAAGAACUUUAUAGUUUCAGAUAUGUAUCAAAAUUCUUUCCAUAUCCUUACAGCACAGGGGAGCUUACUGACAAUAUUAAAUUUAACAUUACUAGGAAUAGAAAAGCCCGGGCUGAUGACAAUUGAUGUCAAUGGGAUUUUGUGGAUUAGUAGCACGGAACAAACCAAAGAAUUACUCCGUUCUGUAAAAUUCUCUGGAUUCUAACAGUAGAGUCGCUUUUUCCAAUCUUGAAAACAAUGUUACCAGUAUUAUUAUAUCAAGAACUUUCACAGAAAUAACUUUUUAAAGAAAGAAGUACAAAUAUACAACAGAUGUAGUUUAAAAAAAACACUGCAUAUAAACGCUUUAUUGACAGUUAUUUGCAUAUCAAAAACAAUAACUGGGCUCCUAAAACAUGUAUAGCAGAUGAAAUCAAAUGUAAUCUAUUGUAUUUGGCAAUAAUGACAUUAUAUAUGAAUGACUAAAACGUUUCUACUGAAAUCCUGUUCUAAUUACACUUGCGCUCUGCACUGUUAGAUGUAGUAUUAUCCGAAGUAGCGAUUUUGAUAUUAAAUUGUAGGACAGAAUGAAUUAUUAAGUACAGCUAUUUGUAAGAACCAGGCAGGGGGUGAUUCAUGUAUGUUUCAGAACUUCUUUUUUU